CUCAGCCCCGCCCUCUCCGUAGGUAACUUGUUCGAAGUUUGGGGCGGAGCCGAGCGCAGCGCCGCUUUAUAUUAGGUAGACUUCAAUUACACAGAGCCGCUUGUCUCCUUGUCUCCUUGUCUCCUCAGCCACCACCGGGGACCUCAUUUUCUUUCCCUCUUUUUUAGCUUUUAGGAAUUUUUUAAUCUAAUCACAGUCACAACAUGCCCAAAGACAAGGAUGAUGGCGGAUGGAAGAAGUUUUUGUGGAAUUCGGACACGGGAGAGCUCAUGGGGCGCACGGGAGGCAGCUGGUUUAAAAUCACAUUAUUCUAUGUUAUCUUCUACGGAUGCCUGGCUGGGAUCUUCGUCGGGACUAUCCAGGCCAUGCUGCUGACUUUGAGCAGCUACAAGCCCACCUGGCAGGACCGUGUGGCCCCACCUGGGCUCACGCACACCCCGCGCUCAGACAAGGCCGAACUCUCUUUCAACUUGAACGACGUGGAGUCCUACCUGUCUUACACCAAAUCUCUGAGGGAUUUCCUGGCCAAAUACGACGACGAAAAACAGGCUGACCCCACCAAGUUCGAGGACUGUGGAGAUGAACCGGCGGACUAUAAGCACCGAGGGGACCUGGAGAGUGACGUGGGCAGCCGUAGGGCCUGCAAGUUCCCCCGCGCUCUGCUGGGACCCUGCUCCGGGAUUGAGGACCGGAACUUCGGCUUCACCGAGGGCAAACCCUGCAUUAUCGUCAAGCUCAACAGGAUCGUCAACUACAGGCCCAGACCUCCUGCGAGUAAUGAGAGCAUCCCAGUAGACGCACAGUCCAAAGUGCAGGCCAAUGUGAUACCCCUGUACUGCACCAGCAAGAAAGAGGAAGACGCAGGUAAAGUGGGCGAGGUCAAAUACCACGGCAUUGGUGGUGGCUUCCCUCUGCAGUACUACCCCUACUACGGCAAGCUGCUCCACCCCCAGUACCUGCAGCCUCUGGUGGCCCUCCAGUUCACCAACCUCACCAUGAACACGGAGGUGCGCAUCGAGUGCAAGGUUUUCGGACAGAACAUCUACUACAACGAAAAGGACCGCUACCAAGGCCGCUUCGAGAUCAAGAUCCAGAUCAACAACCUAUGACCCGGACAUUAGCGCUGGAAAAAGGAAAAAAAAAAAGCAAAUUAUAUCAGAAAUCAUUAAAAGGGAGGUAGUAGCUGUAGCGGCUAAGUCAAUCACUGAGAAAUCUUUAGCUUUUAACUCUAGCUUGUCCAUUCCGGAUGCUUCCAAAUAGCAAUAGGUGUUUUAGUAAAGCUGCAUUCACGUGGUCCUAUGCGUUUCUCAAGAGGGGGGGGACGAGACAAGGUUGUCCACUUGCUCCGUAAUUAUUUAUUGAACUAUUUAUUAACACUAAAGGAAAAAUCACUCCAUCCUGAGCCACCUUUUUAUAUAUCUUGAUCUCUCACUUUACUUGCUGAUUUGGCUUAUAGUUAGACAUUAAAUCAGUUACAAAGGACCACUUGAAUGCAGCUAGUACUCCCAUCUUUUAAAAACUUGUAGAAUGAAUUUUAACGUUGCAGUCAAAGAUGCACAAUUGGUGGCUUGGUUGAAAGUGGAAGACCAUGAUUUGGGAUGACCAUUGCUUGCCCUUUUUUUUUUUUUUUUGAAAUUCCAAAAGGAUUAGUGUGGGAACUAAAGCCAGCACAAGUUAUGAAUAAUAAAAAAAAAAAAAGUCUUAGAUUUUAGAGACGAUUCUUGAAGCCAUGGGACAAGUGUCAUUCCCUAACAUUUAAAUCGCCUUGCCUUCCACCUAUUUUUUAAAUUCCAUUUCCCUUAUUUUUAUUUCUGUUGCUGUGUAUAUAAGUGCUAAGUGACCCUAACGCACACUUAACUGUUCUCCAAUCUGAACAGGCUACACUCCAGGGAACAACUUCCUCAUUUUUUUUCUUCAUUUAAAUUUUUUUGUGCUAUUUUAAAUGAUUCUUCUGCCUUGCGUACACCUGGUUAACCACCCCUGUCCGGUGCUAGCUCUUCCUUAGCUGGAUUCCUCGCAGUGUCCUAACUCUGUGAAUGUUUUAGCCAUUAAACAUGAAUUUUAUAUUUA